CCUGUACAAGAAUUUGGAAUCUAUUUCACAUCAUGAUGUCUCAGAAAACUCAUAUGAGGAACGUCAGCGAUCUCCUCGAAAUGGAACUGCUGUCAACAGUUCAACCAAUACUCAUUCUCGUAACAGCCAUAAUGGCUCGCCAUCCAGGAAUGGCUACGACACAUACAUCCACACCCCGCAAAGGGAGACGUACACCAAAGAUAACAGACUGAGUCCUUCUCAAGGCUCCUGGCAAGGCUCCUCGCAUUCUGUACUAAGCCUCCCACCUUCACGUGGUUCUUCCAUGUCAAGGCGGGGCAUAGAAUCCCAAGUCCUGGGUGGUGCAAUGUCCCAUGUUACCACCAUGGAAACAGAUAGGGGCAGUGUUGUGAAUGAUGACAUCAGCUGUGACCGAAGCAGAAGCAUCCAGAGGCGAGGUAUGGAUGCCUUAUUGACCUCUGAAGAAAAGAAGAGUUCAGCAGACGUUGAGGAGGUGUUUAUGACCAUGGAAGACUACAUUAUCCUGGCUGAUAUUCCAAAAAUUCACUUGGAGCCAGAGGAAGAAUAUCCAGGGCUGAGGAGGAGAAACCAGAGUCCAAGUCCGUGUAGGGACCAGAGGCUCAGGACAUACAGGUAUCAAGAUGAAACAGAUCUCUCCAGCUCAAAGUUUGAGUCAGAUGAAAGAGGCCGGGGCAGAGAAAGAGGGAGGGACAGACGAGAGAAAUGCCGUGAUGCCGAAAGUGGACGGUUAUCUCGAAGACAGUCGACGGCGUCUCUUCAAACACAGAGUUCAGGCAGUCAAAGUGGAAAGCACAGAUCUUCAAAAGUGAAGGGAAAUACUCCUUCUGAACACUCGCGGACACAGGGAUGGAUAUCCAGACUGGAUGAGCACGGAAACUGGCAGAAGCACUGGUUUGUUCUCUGCGAUACAUCGCUGAGGUACUACAGAGACUCAGAGGCUGAUGAGUCUGAUGAUCUGGAUGGAGAGAUUGACUUGACAUCCUGUGUGAAUGUAUCAGACUGUGAUGUCAAGAAGAACUAUGGAUUCCAGAUCCAGACAAAGAGGGCAGUGUUCACUCUCUCUGCAAUGACCUCCAGAAUACGCCGAAACUGGGUGAAGUUACUGAAGCAAGCCAUCCAGAACAACGUUGCCUGA